CUUCUGAUUGGUCAGUUUGUCAAAAAGGGAAACCGUACCUGCUCAAUAAAUUAUAGAGUCCAAGGAGUGACACUCAGUUGGUGUCGAUCACCAGGCUGUUCUCGCACUCCAAAAAUGCGAAAAUUAUUUCGUCUUAUUUUUUCUGUUAUUUUUCUGUCACUGUUCUGGUAUGUUUAAGAUUUUUAUUAUUCAUACAUUUUUAUGGCAUGUAAAGAAUUCAUAUGAUUGACACUAUAGCUUUUUUGUUUCCGCGUAGGAAAAUAUAAAUGUCAUAGUAACAGAAGUACAAGAACACAUGAGUAAUUAAAAGCAAAAUUAAAAUACUACAUAUGUUGUAUGAUAUGUAUAUAUAUGAUCAUCUACUAUACACAUACACUAUACAUUAUAAAUUAAAAAAGUAUGAGCUACUAUAUACUAUAUCCAAAAAGACACCCAGAAGCUGUAGCAAAAAAUGAAUACAACUUGGUGUAUGUAUUGCUUGUUGAAAAUAUAUUUUAUAAAGUGUGAACAUUAGGCCACAGUAUGUUAGCUCAUUUACAGCUACAUUUGAACUAAAUGCUGAAGAGCCUGAGCUAAGCUGAGCUGCUUUCUUACCAAAUAGCUCAUCAGCAGUCAGUAGAGGAUCUCAAAAGCAUGGAGUGCAAACUCAGCUCCAUUUUCCCUUCUAACAUCACUUUGACUUUCUGUCUUAUGUGCACCUCCACACACACAUUCACACAGUAGACAUCAAUAAAACCGUUUCAAUAAGAAUGAAUCUUUAUGUAUUAUGCAUCUAAAUCAAAGUAAGCUCAAAGAUAAAGAUCUGGUAAAAUAAAUAAGAAAAUUCUAAUUUAUAACUCUACUAAUUGUGUCAUUGUGGAAGUAUCUCCCAACUGUCCAAAGCUCCUAAAAAAUCUUAAGAUACCAACAUUUUUGGUGUAAGAUAAAUUAACAAAGCAUAACAGCAGAAGUAGCUGCUGACACUGCUGAAUAUCCUGAUCAUCCUGAAGGGAACAUAAAUGUCUGCAGCAAAUUGUAUGGUCCACCCAUCUAAUAGUUAUUUCACUCAAAACUGCACUAGAGAAAAAUUCAGGGGGGUCCCUGAAGUAGGCAGUAGGAUUUGGGUAUCAUGAAUGUCAUGAUAAAAUUUCCUGGCAGGCCACAGAUGCUGAGGUAUGUCAGUUUCGACCAAAAUGAUGAUCAAACGACAGAUAUGAUAUAUAAUAUGGUAGUUCAGUUACAUUGAUUUGACAGUUCUACUUAUGAGUUACUUUAUAAAUCCUGGAUCUAUUAGGUCUAUUUUCUGUUGUGUAUUUUUUUUUUUUUUUUUUUUAAUGAUCCAAACUAUCUAUGAAUUAGUUGAGAGCUUUUGCUUUGAAGUAGAAGCUUUAAAUAGUUUCUCCACCCUGUGUCAGUAAGUAGACACAGAGUAACACCCAGAUCCUGUCUAACGUGUUGCUCUGCAUUGACUCUUUGACUCGUCUGUAGCAGAACUCGUCACAGGUUUGCACAUGUCUCAGUAUCAGUGUGACACUGAUACCUCCUUCAGCCUUAACAUGCCCCAGAAGCCACAAGAAAACCACAAAGAUGAUAAAGGUUGUUGUUGCAAUUUGAUUGCUGUGUUGUUGUUUAAGAAUCAUAUUUCCAAACAAACAAACACACAAACUCCAGUAAUGAUGUCUUUCCCGCAGUUCACACACACACACACAUAGACACACACGCUUCAUUUGGGAUCAUAGAGUGAAGACGGAGCUAAUUGUGUAAUUAUAAACGGAAAAGGCUCUGCUGCAGGGCACACAGCUGUGAACUGAGGUUAACCUGCAGCACAGUACGUGUGUCACUGUAACCCAUAAAAAGAACCGUAAAUACACUUUCAUUUAUCUUCUACUCUCUUCAUCCUGUGAGGCAAAACCAUUUCACUUCACUUGCAUUUCUGCUGAAAUCUCAAUUUUGAUCUAUCUCUCCUGAAUACUCCUGUGAACUUGCGUAACUGGAAAGGAGGGGAGCGAGGGUUAUGGUGAGGAUGACUUGAGACAGUUGACAGUUGCUAGAGGCAAUGCUGUACCUCAGCACUGUGCAGGUAAUAUCCAUAUGAAGGAGGAGCUCAGUGUUGCCAGUUACAAACUCUCUGAGUAAACACAUUGUUGAGAGUGUGUCUGUUCAGUUGUCUGCCUCUCUGGUUAUUGAGUGAGCAAUUUUACAUGACUUAUUGUGGAAGAGGAAAGAGGAGCUACGUUUUAACUGAAUGUUUCCUGAGCGCAGCUGAGGAGUCUGGAUGGAACUUCCCAUGUUGAACCGAAAGCGUCCUUUGUUUGAUGGAUUUGAAAAGGAGCCUUCGCUCAACACAAAGAAAUGCUUGGCGAGUCUGAAAACUCUUCUGGACAGAUUGGACAGAGCCAGACCGAGGACGAGUUGUGGUCGCUCCUGCAUACCCGAAUGCUGUUUUAAUGGAGGCACAAAACACCCGACUGACACUAAGUGCUUCUUUGAGCAGAUAUCAUCCUGGGCUUGCACACAAUAUUCUGUGAACAAAGCACUGGAGCAUCUCAAGAUCAGACAAACCAACGAUGACGUUUUACUGGACGACUCGGUCAACAAGAAAUUUUUGGAGUUUCACCGUGACAUAACGGAAGAAUUUGGUGUGGAAGAUAAGCAGCAUUCGUGGGCCGUCAUUGAGAAACAGGAGGAGAUUGUCAUUUAUGGGCCUUAUUAUCCUAAUUACAACAACGGAGAACACAGCGAGGACAUCAUAAUUAAACAAACCCAGGAACUCCUGGAGUCCGAGGCUGUCACAGAAGACUGGCAGGUGUAUGUUUUCACUAUGAACAGCCCGUGUUUGGCUAGAAACACUGAGCCAUGUAUGUUGAACCUGGUUCAGAAAGCUCAGGAGUGGUGGAGUGUGCAGGGAGUGAAGACUCAUAUUGGUUAUGUGAAAUGCUGGGGCUUCAAAGGAAGCAAAGAAAACCUGUUCAGGGAUAUUAACUACACUCAAGUGAACUGUAUAGAUCAGACUGAGGACCAUGAAAGCUACAUUAGAGCAGCUCAAAGGACCGCUGAUCUUAAUCCUCUAUGUGAAAACUUGUUUUCUGCUGUCAAACAACUCCUGAGAUCUGUGAGUUUCCCCUCAAUAAACACAGUGCAGGAUCAGGACUGGAAGAGUUAUUUUAAAAGUAUGCAUAGCAUUUCACCAGAAGACAAAAACUUCACCCUGGAGGUGAACUCCAUUAUUGAAGCUGCACAGUCUCUGCUGUCAGAAAAAAGUGGAAGUUUAGAGCAAUGUUUAGAAAAAGGGCGGGCGUUUGCAGUCGGACACACUUUCGGGUCACAUGUAUCUGACGCCAUCCAGGGUCAAAUAAGACUCGCAUUUCAGCAGUGUUGGAAGGAGAUGGUACAGGACAAGUAUGCCGAGUUCAUCAGGGAGAAGCUGACUGAAGAUUUCAAUCAAUCCACCGUCCAGCUUUUUAUCAAAGAUGUCGUAAAGUUCACGAAACAAUACUUACAGAUUGGGAGGAUACAGUUUGCAGAGGAAGAUUCCAAAGAUCCUCAAGCUGUCUGAUAAGUAACCUGUUUGCCAAGACGACGGCUAAGUUAAGACUAAAUAUUUUGCGAAUAGUUGGCAUGCAUUUGAAAUGGAAUGAAUAACACCAGAUGUUUACAUCAUACUGUUUGCAUUAUGUCAAAAUGCUUUGUCUUUAUUAGUUUCCUCAGUAGAGCUACAGUUGCACACAGAGGACAGAGCAUCAGAUAGUGUUAGUGCACACUGAGAAAAUCUCUCACUGUGUCUUCACUUACAAUAUAUCACAAAUGGUGUAUUACAAUUAUACUGGAGUGGAGUUUUGUACAUAUAUACUCAUAUAUUGUUAUUUUGGUAAUUACAUGUGGCCAUAGCCCACAUUUACACAUGUUGUCUCCCCCAUGUUUGUCACAAGCAAAGGCAUUUCUGACAAACUGCACAGUCUUGACACAAAACCCCAUUACAAAGUUCAUCAAACAACUUUCAGCUUAUAGAUGAUAACUAUGUGGUUUGGGGUUGUGCCUUUCGUAAUAAAUAGUCACUUUGAAAAGGUUCUUAAUAAAGAAAAUAAAGUUUUCUUCAUUGUGGGUGCACAUCUACAUUUGUGUCAGCAGGGGGAGCUAAUGUGCCAUUACUUUCAUCCACAUACAUCAUGUGCAACUUACUUGGCUGCAUAUGCGGUUUAUCAUGUUUUUCUCUUUUUUUUUUAUAGAGGUGUCAAUACUGACAUGUUUUGGUUUUUUUUAAUUAUUUUUUUUUAUACAUUUUAAAUCAAAAGGGCAAAAAUACACAGUUCAGGCAACAGAUACAGACACAACAAGUCAUCAGCGAGCUGUUUCUAUUGCACUGUGGAGAAGAUCACCUUUACUGACGGUCAUAUCACUGGUGUUGAGAAGUGAUAGAUGUAUCCAUCAGUUCUCUCUUACUUACAGUGGGGUCUGACUGGCUCACAGAAUUGGAUGCACUGGGCACUUCUGCGUCAGACUCACGCAUAUCACGAAGAAGUGACCACACUUUCAUGGCUUUGGAUUUAUUAACUGGCAUCCUUUGGAAAGCUAAAUAUCAAAAUGCUUUACCGGAUACUCUGGAUAAUACACCGACCUCGCCACCUUUGAACAGCUUUAACCAUCUUACUCACAAUGCAAAAUGCUGAAAAGUGACCGCACGCUGAGGCCUGUGGGUCAUUACUUAACCAGCACACAUUGUUUGAUUUGU